AGUUCAGUGCGAGGGAAACUUGGGCCGUGUGUUUGAUGUCGGCCACCAUUGGAUUAAUACGAGUAGACAAUAGCUCAAGCGAUUUCUUGAUUGGUUCUUUUGUGCUAAUAAUUCAGUGAUCUUAAUGUGAUCUUUGCAAUCUAGAGCUGAGAUCCAGUGAUUCAUUUUAAAGACUUUGAGUGAAGCAUUUACACUCAUGGAUGACUUGUAAACUGCACUGAAGGAUUUAUCAAUCACUUCUUGCACUUUUAAGUACAUUUUGUGAUUAUUGUUUUUUUUUUGUUCGAGUGAUCUUAUUUGAUUGAAUAUCUCAAGCGAAGAGAAAAAUAAAUUGCCAGUGUUCAAUAGAUCUUGGAUUAUACCACGAACCCAGCAAGAACUCUAUUGUUCGUGAAACAAAGGUGAAAAUGAUGGCAUCAGGCAGACGGAAAAUAUACCAACUUGUUUUCCUCGGAAUAUCCCUAUACCUACUUAAUUCCCUACUCCUAGUGGAAGGUGUGAGAGUUCAAACGAAACGGGUAAAAGACACACUAGACAAAUCGGAUCAGUCAACAGCCGCACAGACGUGGUGGGGCCACAAUGUUGCGCCAGCGGAUAACAACAAGUUCUUCUCUGCCACCCAUGGUCUAGUGCAGACACACCCAUCCCUCAGCGGAGGUAUACCCCGACCCACGGGUACCCUCCGACCAUCAAGUCCUACAUUGGGCUCCAAUCUGCCACCGGCGCCCAAUGUCAACCCCAAGUCACCCUUUCGACAUCUUGACUUCACAAAUAGCGCCACAGCGGAGCUGAGGCGCAAUCCUAGUCUUUCGGCGCCAGACGAGUGCGCCCGAGCGUGCCGAGAGGGUGAACCACCCAGAAUCUGCUACUAUCACUUCACAUUAGAAUACUAUACAGUGCUUGGCGCUGCGUGCCAGGUGUGCACACCAAAUGCAACCAACACUGUGUGGAGUCAUUGCCAAUGUGUCUUGGCAGAUGGGGUCGAGCGUGGUAUCUUAACGGCUAACCGGAUGAUACCCGGUCCCAGUAUUCAAGUCUGUGAAAAUGACAAAGUCGUGGUGGAUGUUGAGAAUCAUAUGGAGGGUAUGGAGGUCACGAUUCACUGGCACGGAAUCUGGCAGAGAGGCUCCCAAUAUUACGAUGGAGUGCCAUUUGUUACCCAGUGCCCCAUUCAGCAAGGAAAUACUUUUAGGUAUCAAUGGACAGGAAACGCAGGUACACAUUUCUGGCACGCCCACACAGGCCUGCAGAAAUUGGACGGUGUAUAUGGCAGCAUUAUUGUCCGUCAGCCACCAUCGCGAGAUCCCAAUUCACACCUGUAUGACUUUGAUCUCACAACACAUAUCAUGCUGAUCAGUGAUUGGCUGCACGAGGACGCUGCUGAGAGGUAUCCGGGACGUUUGGCCGUGAACACGGGGCAGGAUCCCGAAUCCCUACUCAUAAACGGCAAAGGCCAAUUCCGUGACCCCAAUACCGGUUUCAUGACAAACACACCUCUGGAAAUUUUCACAAUUACACCUGGUCGUCGAUACAGAUUCCGCAUGAUUAAUGCCUUUGCGUCAGUCUGCCCAGCACAAGUCACAAUUGAAGGACACGGCCUAACUGUCAUAUCCACCGACGGAGAACCCGUUCAGCCCGUGCAGGUCAAUACGAUCAUAUCUUUCUCAGGUGAACGGUAUGAUUUUGUGAUAACAGCUGAUCAACCUGUGGGAGCCUACUGGAUACAGUUGCGAGGUCUUGGGGAGUGUGGUAUCAGGAGGGCGCAGCAGCUUGCCAUAUUGCGCUAUGCUCGAGGACCUUAUCAGCCCGCCUCACCGGCGCCCACCUACGAUGUCGGCAUUCCGCAAGGAGUGGUAAUGAACCCACUAGAUGCACAAUGCAAUAGGAGACGUGAUGAUGCCAUUUGUGUCAGUCAACUGAAAAAUGCCCUGGAAAUUGAUCGUGGAAUUCUGCAGGAGAAGCCAGAUGUGAAAAUUUUCCUACCCUUCCGCUUCUACCUCUACAGACCAGAGGAACUCUUCCAGCCCAAUACCUACAAUAGGUUCUUAGUUGCACCAACUGGAGAUCAUGUAAUUUCGUUGGUUGAUGAAAUUUCCUAUCUCUCUGCUCCUGCACCAUUGCUAUCUCAGUAUGAUGACAUCAAUCCUGAACAAUUCUGCAAUGGGGACAAUCGUCCAGCUAAUUGUGGUCCAAAUUGCAUGUGCACACACAAAAUAGACAUUCCGCUUAAUGCUAUUGUUGAAGUUGUCCUUGUUGACGAAGUUCAACAACCAAAUCUGAGCCAUCCAUUCCAUUUGCACGGUUAUGCUUUCAAUGUAAUUGGUAUUGGCCGAUCACCGGACACAAAUGUCAAGAAAAUCAAUUUGAAGCACGCAUUAGAUCUGGAUCGACGUGGUUUGCUCCAUCGCCAGUACAAUUUGCCUCCAGCUAAAGAUACCAUUGCAGUACCCAACAACGGAUACGUAGUGUUAAGAUUUAGGGCUGACAAUCCAGGUUUCUGGUUAUUCCACUGUCAUUUCUUAUUCCAUAUUGUUAUUGGAAUGAAUCUUAUCCUGCAAGUCGGAACACAUGCCGACCUUCCACCUGUUCCACCAGGUUUCCCAACAUGUGGCGACCACACACCGCCAAUUCCUAUCAAUUAAAUCACCUCUAAAUUCAUUAUUUACUGUUUAAAUAUGUUUAAAUUAAGUACAUGCAUUUCCCCCCCUUUUCAAUUGCAUUUUACAUUGAAACGUUAUUUAAAAAAGCAUUCUUCAGAUAUACAUCGUACUUCUUAAUGAAAUUCUCCCUUCUCCCAGGAAAUUAUGUUCAUCAACACCCCACUGACAUGAUUUUUUUUCAAUACAAUUUUUUUAUCAUAAUAAAUGAUAAAAAUGGCAUUUUUUCACCAUAGAUUUUUGUUGUUAUUAGAUAAAGAUAAUUUAUUGAGAAUUGUCAUUCUCACAUUUUUCAUUUAUAAAUGUCAUUGUUUUUUAGAAAUCGAAUUUUCUUUUUAUACUUUUCAUACAAAAAAAAAUCAUAUAGAAUUUUUCGCCAUACAUUAUAUGAUGUAUAUAAUUUUAUUUCAUUUAGUUAAUAAUUUAACAUCUAUUUUUUUUUUGAUAAUGUUUGUAUGUAAAUUUUAGAGUGUCUUCUUUUAGACAUUUUUGGUGUUUUCCAGUGAAAUGUUAUGGAUAAAUGCAUUAUUGUAUAAAAAAAAAUCUAUUUUCAUCACAAAUCAUCUCUUGGUGUCUUUCUUCACAAAUCAAACUUUGUAAAAAAAAAUUAAUUUCAGCUAAAUUGUAAAUAAUUGUGAGGAAGUGAUUUUCUUAGGCAAAAACGUGCAGUAUUUUCAAUUUUAGUUCUAAUUUAAUAAAAUGAAUUCAUCAGUAUAAGCACUACUGUAAAUAUUUUUACAGAAACAAAGCAUAAAACAUAAAAAACCCAACUAAAAGAAAUAAUUUAUAGAUUUCUUUUUUUUUUCGAAAAAUCCAGACAUUGAACAAGAAUCAAUCUAGUCUGAGAAGUAUCAGAAAAACACACAGAUUUUAAUAUUAAUUAAAUUUUAAUACAAAUUUUUUACUACUUGUAAAGGUUACCUACUCAUAUUGUUCAAAUUAGGUAAAAAUGGGUUUGACGCAAUUACUUGCCAAUUUGAUGUAAUAAGGAAGUUUUCUGCAAAAUUUUCAUGCCUGACAUUAUUUUUGUUCAUUGGUUUUUCUUAUAGAGAGAAAAAAACAAUACUCAUCAGAUGUCUAAUGCGCUAAGGAUAUCAUUAUUUAAAGAAAAUGAAUAUAGAGUGAAAGUAUAUUCAUGUGAGAAAUGUAAAUAAAUGUGAAAAAUAACUAGGUUGUUUUGUAAAAUUUACAAA